GGGGCGGGACUAGAGUGCCUGUCCCGACACGGCCGGCGAGACAAAAGGGUGGGACCCGGGCAGCCCCGCCCCCGAGCACCGCCCCGAGCGGCCCGCGCGGGGUGUCAAGCUCGCUAGCCCGGUGGUCCCUGGCUCUGACGCUAUGUACCCCACGAGCCCGCCGGCCGGCCCGACCUUGCACCCUGUCCCUCAUCGUGCUCGUCUUCCCCCGCCCCGGAGCCUUGCUGAGUCUCCGCGAUCACCGGCUCCCGGCCAGGGUCCCGUAGCGCACCCGCCGCCCACCGCGCCCGGGCCGCGGCCCCGCGUGGCCGUAAAAAUGACUUUCCGCAAGGCCUACUCCAUCAAAGACAAGCUGCAAGCCAUCGAACGCGUCAAGGGCGGUGAGCGGCAGGCCAGCGUGUGCCGCGACUUUGGCGUACCGGGCGGCACUCUGCGCGGCUGGCUCAAGGACGAGCCCAAGCUGCGCUGGUUUCUGGACCAACUUGGUGGAGAGGUGGGCACGCAGCGCAAGAAGAUGCGUCUGGCCAACGAGGAGGAGAUCGACCGCGCCGUCUAUUCGUGGUUCCUCACCUUGCGCCAGCACGGCGUGCCGCUGUCCGGUCCGGUCAUCCAAGCGCAGGCUGAGGCCUUUGCUCGCCAGAUCUACGGCCCCGAGUGUACCUUCAAGGCUAGCCACGGCUGGUUCUGGCGCUGGCAGAAGCGCCAUGGCAUCUCCAGCCAGCGCAUCUAUGGCGAGGCCGAGCCCCCGGCCGCAGGCCCUGCACCUGUCAAGGAGGAGCCUGCGCAGCCACCCGGCGCAGUUCUACCUGACCGUGCACUGGCCACUCUACCCCACUCCGAGGGCGGCUAUGGUGACGAACAGAUCUACAACGCCAACGUUACUGGUCUGUACUGGAGGUUACUUCCAGAGCAGACCGCAACUCCAGGCGUUGGGGACUCCAGCGGGCCUGGUGGGUGCAGCCGGCGCUGGCCCGGCGACCGAGUGACAGUUCUGUUGGCUGCCAACCUGACGGGCAGCCACAAGUUGAAGCCGCUAGUUAUCGGACAACUACCAGACCCACCCAGCUUGCGUCACCACAACCAGGACAAAUUCCCGGCCUCCUACCGCUACAGUCCGGAUGCCUGGCUCAGUCGUCCUCUUCUUCGGGGCUGGUUCUUUGAGGAAUUCGUCCCUGGCGUCAAGCGCUACCUGCGCCGAAGCUGCCUGCAGCAGAAAGCGGUGUUGCUAGUGGCCCAUCCACCCUGUCCAAGCUGGGCCAAUAGAGUACCCGCCCUGGAGGAGAGUGAGGAGACUCCUAGGCAGUACCAGCCUGAGCUCCUUGGGUCCCCAGAGGAGCUGCAGACACCUGAUGGUGCAGUUCGUGUGCUUUUCUUGUCCAAGGGCAACAGCCGAGCACACAUCCCUGCACCGCUGGAGCAUGGUGUGGUGGCAGCCUUCAAACAUUUGUACAAACGAGAGCUGCUGAGGCUUGCUGUGUCUUGUGCCAGUGGCUCCCCACUAGAUUUCAUGAGAAGCUUCAUGCUCAAGGACAUGCUAUACCUGGCUGGCCUCUCAUGGGACCUGGUCCAAGCAGGCAGCAUAGAGCGCUGCUGGCUGCUGGGUCUUAGGGCAGCCUUUGAGCCUGGGCAGCAGCCAGCCCACCAAGUAGAGGAGGCUGCCGAGCGCAGCAGGGUACUCAGUGACCUCACACAUCUGGCAGCUCUGGCUUACAAGCGCCUGGCACCUGAAGAGGUGGCAGAGUGGCUGCACAUGGAUGAUGAUGGCGGUCUCCCUGAGGGCUGCAGAGAGGCGGUGGUUCCCGCAGCCCCUCCAUCCCCAGCCAGCCUGCCCUCUAGCAUGGGGGCUGGAGAGGAGGAGGAGGAGGCCACUGAGCAAGGAGGAAUGUUGGUACCUACUGCUGGGGAAGCUGUUUGGGGUCUAGAGACAGCUCUGAGGUGGCUGGAGAGCCAGGAUCCUCGGGAAGUGGGGCCAGUGAGGCUAGUGCAGCUACGUUCCCUCAUUACCAUGGCACGGAGGCUUGGAGGCAUCGGGCCCUCAUCCGCAGCUGCUCAUGGUGGUGUGUGACCUCCGUGGCCCACUGGCCUUUUUCCUGCUGCACUGGGAGAGAGGGGGGCCUACACAGUCUGUUGUCUUCCACCUUUUCUCCCUGGUAUAGUCCACUGUAGAGGUCCAGGGGUGCACGCCCAACACAGCAUGGAGGAGUUCCAUCAGUAAAGAAUGCCCUGCCCUGCGAUCCACAGUAUCUUGGGGAAAUAGUUUAAAGGAGCAAAUGCUCUUUGCUGAGUAGGCACAUAUGGGCCCAUAAGCACAGCACCUACUGGAGAACAGUUGACUGUACCUCUGUUCUGGCCCCUAUGGGGCUCACCCCUACCCCUGCCCCCUUGUGCUCUGGAUGAGGCUGCUGCUUCUGUUUUACUGACCCUCCUGGUGCUGCCUGGCCUCAUCUCAGUGGGAAAGCACUUGGUUUUGUUUUAAAAACACAUUAAACCUGUUUUAAAAGAUGCUCUUCAUAGGGAACCGUGAGUGCCGGAAGAGUGAGGUGGUCUCUGGGCUAUCUUGCCCUUGCUCUGAUAACUGAAGGCCCUUGUGGUGCUGGAUCAGAGCUCAGGCUAGGCCCCAGUUCCUUGACCUUGGGUGGUAAUACUCACAGAGAGUGGGAUGUGGGGAAAUGGAAGCCCAGUGCUUGGUAAGGUUUUGGGUGCAACAAAGUAUAGUCAAUUCUGUUCUACUUGGAUUUUUAGUCCUUCAGAAUACUCCAUUCUGAUUAGAUCUUCCACUCGUGAUGUUGGCAAGUGUUUAGAUUUGGACCCAGGUGGCUUGACCAAUGGGAGGACAAACUACCAACCACUUUGUCCAGCUCUAGGGCUGUCUGAUCUACCUGGAAACAGGUCACAGCCUUUGCAACCAUCUGAGAACAUGAUGGUGCCUUUGAAUCAACCUCUGUUGAUUCGAGAACCCAUGGGCUCUUCCUGCACCAGCCCCCACUCUAGACUCAUCUACCUCCUGGCAUUGCCAAGAGUGUGGCUGAGGAACUAUUGCUGGAUGGCCCAGGUUGGAGAAAAGACUCUAAGAAUAUCCAGAUUUUGUAUCACUCUGGUGCUCUGUCCAACUGUGAAUUCAGACUGUUCCAGGUGAUCUAGAGCUGAGGCACCUGUGUCUUAGGGAAGGCCAAUAUUGCCUUUGCAGAAAUACUGUCCUGAGCCCCUGUCCUAGUACUGGCCCCUUAUCCUCACUUCUUUCCUCAUAGUCUGAGCCUUGAAAACACGAUGUGGGGAACGGCAAGGAAUGCAAGAGCUUGGCAAUGGAUGGAGCCGUGGAUGAGGUAUCCAAAAGUGAUCUGCGUGUAAGUCCAAGAAUACGGCUCCUUGCAACCACACUCCACCCCAAUCAAAAAUCUACGUAAAUAUUAAGAGUUGAGGGAACACAUGGAACAAGAGAAUGGAGGCUCAGGUAGCAGACUCUUAUCUGUACACACUGGAGCCCAUCUGGUCACCUACAUAUCUGGCAUCAAGCCUAAAGACCUAGAGAACCUUGGGCAGUCGUGGCUGGUAGAGGGUCUCCAACCUUAGCAACUUGGGUGGGGUUUCAGAAGUCUAAUGUAUUUAUACCAACAGCUUCCGUAUCACCUAGGUACACAGGCUAGGAGCUGCCAUCAGACUUUGAUAGACCUACUUCCAAGUCUGUGGAGAUGUAGACCUGCCUGGGCCUUGGAUUUACAUCCAGCCUGGGUAGCCUCAGCAGCUGCUCCAGCCUAGGCUACCUGUACUGUUCUUUCAGAGAGCUUUCUAUCGGCUUCUAUCUUUGUCCUUUCUAUCGUGUUUCCUCCUUUGGCCUGGGCCCAGAUAGACUGGGGUUGGCAGAGACUAGGACUCAGGAGUGAGACCUCUCACCAGCCCCUCUAGCGGUCCAAGCCCUUUCAUCUGAGGACCCAAGAUCCAGGAGGUUGCAAUGGUCCCAUAUUGCUGCCCUAUAAACAAUCAGGUGUGGGCUGACUGGGUCAGAGAGUUCCUGUCAGGCUUGUGUCUGUACGCUAUCAUUAACUGAGACACCCAUGAGAAGGCGCAAAGGUGUCAUCUCAGGCUAGGGAUGCUAGGGUGCUUGCUAGGAUGCCUGAGACGAGACCCUGAGUUCAAACAACAGCGCUAUUUAAAAAAAAGUGCAAAUUUUUAGACUGGAAUAUGCUGCUGUUCUUUACAUGCUACGGACAGAGGCUCUAGUGGCUGGGUCCUCGUUGUGGAGGAGGCUGCUUUGCCCAGGUACCCGUUUGUCCCAGCAGGAAGUCCUAUAUCUCCGGGGUUUGCAGUACUGUGUAUCUGUUACACAGGGGCCUUAGCCCCACAGGCAGCUGUGUUGAAGAUGUGCAGUCACCUCACCUUUCUGUUUUUAGUGUCUCAUGGGGCUCCCUAGGGGUUCAUGGGUCCCUUACGAGAGCCUUAUACUCAGUGUACCCAUUUGCGCGUCACUGCUGCUCCCUGUGGGCACCGAGUUGCAGUAACUAGGAAGGAGGGUGAAAAGGCAGUUUCUUUCUUCAGCAGCCAUUGCCCUCUGCUAUGUACCAGGAAUCAUGCAGGAAUCCUGCGCCUCUUGCCCCAGAGGUCUGCCUGUUCCCCACAAAGUAUAGCAAUCCUUUGGCCUGGGAAGUAUAGGCAGCCUUUUCUGCUAAGUGGUCCUGCUUUAGAUUCAUACACAGAUUGUUUGGAGAAGGCACCCAGCACAGAAAGAUGGGUGAGUGUGGGUUCUGUUGGAGCCACCACCACUGCUUUGGGGUUGAGGGCAGUGGUCACAGGCAGCCUUGUCCCUAAGGUCCAUGUCCUUGGAAAGUAAAAGCAACCAAGCCGUAGGUGAAAUAAAUGGUAGGAGGGGAGGGGAGCACCUCAAGCUCAAGGUUGGUCCUCUGAGGACUGAGCCCUUUACACUACCUGGUUAGGACGGCCUAUGGGAAGCCCAGCUGGAACCCGGUACAGUCUGGCCUCUUCUAAAUGUGCCCACAAGAGCAUCUUGACUCCAUGAGUUGCCCUCAGUAGGAUCUUGGGCUUGUGGGUUUCAUAUUUUAUUGUAGGGCCCUUUCUCUGACACUCAACCUUGCUCAAAGCUAAGGUCACCUGGCCAGCUGGUCCAAUGUCACUUGGUGAGCCGGUCUAAUGGCACUUGUGUAAUAAAGGUGAAACAGGUCA